AUGCAUGGAAUAAGUGGCUACUCAGGCUGGCGCUGGAUCUUCAUAAUUGAAGGUCUUCUAUCCAUCGCCUCGGCGAUUCCCAAGUUCAUCAUUGCCGACUGGCCUGAACAGGCUAAAUUUCUGAACGAAGAGAAGAAGCUGCUGAAGGAACGCAACUCUCGCGAUGUCGGCGAGGGAGCGAGAAUGGAUCGACUUGAUGCAGCGGCAUGGAAGCGAAUAAUGUCCGAUUGGAAGAUUUAUAUUGGAAGUCUGAUUUACCUCGGUAUCAUCUUCUCGGAGUAUGCAACAGCGCUUUUCAUUCCCUCUAUCGUGAACUCAUUGGGGUAUGAUGGCGUUCAGACCCAAGUGCAAAGCAUCCCAGUCUGGGCCGUGGCGGCCGCCGUCACUGUGAUCGUGUCUUAUCUGACUGGUCGUGUGCAACAUCGUUACGGAUUUGUGAUAUUCGGAGUCAUCUUUUCCUGUAUCGGGUAUAUUAUUCUGCUAUGUCAAGGGCCACUUUCGGGUGGGACGGAUGUGCGAGUUCGCUAUAUGGCAGUUUUCUUCGUGACUACGGGGUGUUACAUCGUUCAAUCAGUGGCCAUCGUCUGGUUUGCCAACAAUUUGAGUGGACAUUACAAACGUGCUAUCGGCCUUGCGAUUCAAGUCGGAUUCGGGAAUAUCGGUGGCAUUAUCGCCAGUAAUAUCUUCAACAGAGAUGCAGCCCCUCAAUACAUCGUUGGGUAUAGUGUCUCCCUGGCUAUGAUGGUGUUUUGUGGCGUUAUGAGCACGAUCUUCGCAGCAGGACUAGUGAUCGAGAACAAGAUGAGGGACCAGAGAAAGCGUGAUGAUCGGUUUCAAUUGGAUGAAGAGGCUUUCAACAAUCUAGGGGACGAUGACCCAAAGUUCCGUUUCAGUCUUAGGUUGUCGGAACAAGUUAUCUCGAAACGGGUCGCAUUCUCAGGGGUCUUAAAUAUAACUCGUGUCAUUUUUGGAUACACUUCAUAUGCCUCAAUCAGUUCUGACACCUGUUCCAGAGGAAGGUAUAUUACAUGGAUCCAUAUGGGAGCCAUCUAA